AUACAGCUAGUAUGAGAAAUGGUAUGAGCAUGAGACUUGUGUGUAGUCAUUGUAUAGUCUAUAAUCUGGGCGUACAAAUCGAUUACAAGGUAAAUUAACAGGUUUCCUUUUCUACUUCUUUUCGGAUACAACGAAUGCACCUGUUUUCUCAAUGUUAUGCAUCGUUGUUUGGAUUUAAUUUGAGAACCGUUUUGGUUUGCGAUUCUGGGCCGCUGACUGCCGUUUGCGAAUGUGAGAGAGAAAAACUGGAGAUAUUAACUUGAUGGUGCUUUUCGAUUGGAGUUUUGUAAGGACUUUUUCUCGGUGAGGAGUGGAGAGCGGAUAUCAGCUAUGGAUCGUCGGGGGACCGUCGGGGUAGUAGCUUUCACUUUCCUGGCUGCGACGUGGCGCCACGUUCAAGCCGCUUGCACCGUACCUUCACCCGCAGCGGGCACUCGGCACAACGGAACCCUACAGGUCUACCAAUCCGGUGCUGUUCUCUCCUUCAGCUGUGAUACCGGCUACAAGGCCAACUUCAACCCGCCUACCAUCACCUGUCUCGACACUAAUAAAUGGAAUCCAGCUAAUGUCUCAUGUGAUCUAGACGUUUUGUCUCUCGUGAUCGCCAUCGUCGUAGCCUUGGUGGGCAUCAUCGUCUUCGUCUUAGCCAUUCUUUGGUUGAAGAAGAGAAGGUCUGAGAGGGACUCGAGGCGAAUCCGCAAGAAGAGGGCCAGCUCCAAUAAAUACGCCAACUAUGAGCCUCGACGUUCGACGACCAGGAAUGGCCUCGUCAACCACGGUAUGACCGACAUCGAGAUGGAUAACAUGGGUCAACCGAUGCGGAGCAACGGGAGCAUGACAUCGAGGAAUGGUACCAAUGGACACACCAAUGGUCUCCUGUGGAGUCCUCCAUCCGCUCAUGGGACCGUCACCCAGGACGAUGAGUUCGCCGUCCUUCAACGCAGCCGAAAGUCAUCGGGCACCUCGAGGUCCAGCCGCACCGACAACAUGCCCAUGAACACGCCCAGCGGCGUCCAACUCAACCCCAACAUCGGCGACGUCGAGUUCGGCGCGGCGAACGUGAACAUGCAAAACUUCAAGGGCAUCGGGUCGACCAUGAACGCCAUGGCACCUCCGACGCUGAUCGCCAACUCGAUGGACAUGUCCCUGCCCAUGCCGGAUUCGAUGAGCCCAAGAUCGACGGAGGACGACGUUGACAAGGCGGAGGACUACGGCGAUCUCUACGCGUCCGUCGACAUGUCGAAGAAGACAAAGAGCGUGAAGGGAGGCAACAACAACAACUCAAACGGCGGCGUAAGAUCUACGGUCGCGGCGACGAUCGAAAGCGACGAUUACUCGGUGGUCGGGUCCUCCAGCAGUUUCAGUGCGCACGAGGAGGCUCUGGCGGGCGACUCGCCGUACUCGGAAGUCAAGACAGGCGAGUUCGACGAAAUGGACGACGAUGGCGACUACGCUGUAGUCAAACGCGCCGAGGAAACGCCCAAAGAAGUCGCCGAGGAUGAUGACCCCUUUGGGCAGAUAUACGCUAAGGUUAAAAAGUAGGCUGAUGAACAUGUUAGAUCUUAUGGAAAGAACAUGGAACCGGAAACAUGACGAUCAAUAUAAUGUCUUAUAAUAGACGCAGACAGUCAAUGUCAUUGUUAAUACCGGUAGGCUUUUUUUCUGGUGUAAGCAAGCAGUUUUGAAAUACGGAUACAAUCGAACUUGUCGUUACAGCUCUUUGUUUUCUAAUGUAUUGCGGAAUAAACUGAACUUUGCUUGAUGACUGUCAGUGUACAUGAUGUAUGGGAUAGUUACCUGGAAAAUUAUCGAAGCGAAUUCUAUGCAUAAUUUCUUUUAGUAAUCAUUAUACUUGUUUUGUAUCAAAGAACGUUAUAUAUUUCUACUGAAAAGCAUUUAUAUUCAUAAUUUGAUACAUGUAUUGCGAACAUAUUUCAUUUUGAUAGGUAGUUUGCGUAUAAUCUCAUUCGAAUGCUGUAUUUUGUAUAUUUUAACGUUUUGUAAACAUGGUAGCGGAGAGAGCUACAUUCGGGGGACUCUACUCAUUUCGUUUUUUAAUUUGUCCUCGGCGGGAAUUAUCUUAGUAGCGUGACGUAGGGAGGAAAUGGCGCCCAGAACAUGAACACUAAUACACGAAAAGGUGCUUUCUUUAACCAACUGAUGUCGAUCAUUAUGAGUUGAAGUAUUCAAAUUAAGAUAUUGUUUACAUAGAACUUAUGGAAAAUCAUGAAAAUGAUUUUGAUGAGGCACUUCACACAAAACUAGAAUCUGAAUUUGACAACACAAAAUGAAUAGACGCGAGGGAGCAGAAGGACCCAGCGUUCAAUUACCCUAACUGGGGAGGGGGAGCAAACUUGGAUAUAUAUAUAUAUAUAUAUACGAGAAGAACAAAAGCGAACAACUUUUUUUUCCUGUUUAAAAUAACUUAUACUCAAUUCAGUCUUUUAGAUGUUAUUCUUCCAUUACAGAAACUUGUGAUUUUGUGUGUGUAAAUCCUGAUAGCACUAUGAGAAAACUGGUAGAAAGUAUAUACAAAUGUCGGAUCAAGCAUUAUUCAAUUUUUGCAUUAUUCAAUUCACGCAUGAUCAACCAUCUGUAAUAAAUCACAGAGCCUAGCUAUACAGUAUGUCAACUUAGCCUCACUGUGCAGAAACUGUUACGCACAGCGACUGAAAA